AUGACGGUCCCAGACUCUCAAGACAUCUCCAAUGGGCAAAUUCCCUACACCCUCUUCGCCUGUAUUGGCACAGGCUUCACCGGCAUCUGCCUCGGUGCAACCCUCCGCCGCUGGUACGGCAUAACCUCCUUAGCCCUCUUCACCCGCGACACCGAGCUGGGAGGCACCUGGUGGCAAAACCGGUACCCCGGCGCAGCUUGCGAUGUGCCCUCAGCCUUGUACUCCCUUUCCUUCGCGCCGAACGCAAACUGGAGCAGGAUUUUGCCUCCUGCCGACGAGUUGUGUGCGUAUCUAAAAAGGGUUGCUGAACAAUAUGGCUUGGUGGAAAAAACGAGGUUUGGGACAGAAGUUGAGAGGGCGGUUUGGGCCGAGGAACGUGCGAGAUGGAAAUUGACUGUAAGGGAGAUGAAGACGGGGAGAAGGUUUGAACACGAAUGUAGCGUGUUGAUCAGCGGAGCAGGGCAGUUUGGGAGUCCACGGGAGCUAGACAUUCCAGGGGUUAAGAACUUCCGUGGACCGGUUUUCCACUCUGCGAGAUGGAGACAUGACGUGAGCCUGGAGGGCAAGAGGGUAGUGGUGUUUGGGAAUGGGUGUACGGCGGCACAGAUUGUGCCAAGUAUCGUUGGUCAGGUGAAGCAUUUGACGCAGAUUGUGCGAGCAAAACAUUGGGUUUAUCCUCCUGUGGAUGCCAGGAUUCCGGAAUGGGGGAAGGCGGUGCUCAGGACGGUGCCGGGGCUCACAAGGAUAAUGAGAACAGUGGUUUAUUAUCUUGCUGAAGAGGAUUGGCAAGGGUUUGCAAACACCAAGGCGGGGAAAAAGUUUAGGGAGAAGAAGAGGAAGCAGGUGGAGAAGUAUAUGAGGGAAACGGCGCCAGUGAAGUAUCACGACUUGCUGAUCCCAGAUUUUGAGAUUGGGUGCAAGAGAAGGGUUUUUGACUCGAAUUAUUUGGCCAGCUUGCACUCAGAGAAUCUGACGCUUACAAACGAGAAGCCGCUUGAGAUCGUGGAGAACGGGGUCAAGAUGGAGAGCGGGAAGGUCAUUGAGGCGGACGUUAUCGUGCUAGCCAACGGUUUCAAUACCAACAGUGCUCUAAGUGACAUCGAGAUUGUUGGUCGCGGGGGCGAGACGCUUGCUCAGCAUUGGGAGAGAUUCGGCGGCCCUGAGGCAUACAACUGCACCUCCUUGAGUGGCUUCCCGAAUUUCUUUCUCAUCCUAGGUCCAAACACCCUCACAGGCCACACUUCUGCGGUCAUGGCCAUCGAAAACGGCAUUAACUAUGCCCUUCGCGUGCUGAAGCCCGUCCUCGAAGGUCACGCCAGCAUCGCCUGCGUGAAGCAUGAAGCUGAAGAGGCUUACUUCCAGCGCAUCCAGGCUGCCCUGAAGGACAUGGUCUGGACAGGCUGCAACAACUGGUACAGCCGUGGACCAGGUGGCAAGGUCUUUAACGGGUCGACGUAUCCCUGGAGUCAGGCAUACUAUUGGUAUGCUUGCUUGUUUCCUGUGUGGAAGGACUGGGAAUACAGCGGAACAAAGCAUAAGUCCGUUAUUGUGAAGAAGCCGCGAACUGGUCUCUGGGUCAUCAGUCUCGUCACACUUGUCAGCGGUCUGUUGGCGUGGACAAAGGGUCAUCCAACUUCCCGUGUGGCUUCUCUGCUAGCUGCUCGGACCGCAGCGCUUCCUCUUUUGGUUGCUUGGGCCAAGGGUAUCUUGCGUCUGGCUUAA